AUGGAAAAGGCUCCAUUCAAAAAUAUAUUGGAAGGUGCAAAACCUUCUGAUUUCUUCAGUCUCAGAGAUUUUGAGACGGUUGCUGAAGCCCACAAAUUCCCAACUAUCCAAGAAGGCACUGCGCACUUAUUGUUAUUGAAGGCUUUUGAUAGACUUUAUAGUAAAGUGACGAGCCAUAUACCGGAAGAGAAGAACAAAGUGAUUCCCUGGAAGGUUUAUGUGACAAAUGCUGUUCGUAGAUUCAUUAUCUUUCUUAGUGCAUUUAAGUCUCUGAGGGAAUUAGAUUCGUUAUACCAACCCUUUGAUGGUGAUCUCAGUGAUGAAGCUACUUUGAAUAUGCUUCCAGACGAUGAUUAUGAAUAUUUCCAACAAUUUGACAAGCAAUACCGUAGAGUGCCUAAUGCUCUUCGCGGACUCCUUCCACCAUUGGAUGUGGUUUUAGUUUGGCAUGCAUUCUUACUCAACCCCAAAUCCUUCUAUGACAAUUGCAUUAGAAAUGGACUCCAGGAUUUUGCUCUCACAUCAUUCCCUUUAGAUAAAAUUGCUGGAGCAAUUGAUUGGGAUACCUUUGAAUACUGUCCGGAUGAGAAACAACGCUUGGGAUUCCACGAACUAAUGAAAAACGCUGGAGUCGUUGUUGAAUAUGAAGUAGACUUAAAGCACUUGGUAACAGAAAAAGUGAACGUUUUCUGUCCAAUCUGUUUAGAAUUAUUGUCCACUGUACCAUACACAGAUCCUAUAGGUAACGGUUUCGCAGAUAAAGACUUUAUUGCAAAACUUUCCCUCAAAGAAUGUGCUUGUAAGUGUGAAGGAUUUCAAGGUACCUUUCUCUCACAUGAUAAUCUUAGAAAGAGGCAACUUAUAGCUGAUCUCUAUGUUGACAAAGAGCGAUUACCUAAUAUGUACAGAUAUUUUUCAAGUGUCUUGAAAGGAAAGUCGACUGAUGAGAAGAACAUCAAUAGAAUUGACUAUCUUGUAAAGCAGUACUUACGAGAUUUCGUGGUUAGUAAGAUACAACAAGAUAUAAAUUCUCCCUUAGAAAGAACCUUACUAGAAUUGUCAAGAAGACCAGUUUCACUGAAAAAGCACGGGAGAAUUUUAGGCAAUACUAAGUACAUUUUAAGAAAUUAUCCACAAAUGAACUUGAUUCAUACUUCCAUUCCACCAUUAAAGGAUAACGUGAAAAUAUCGGAAGAUUUAGUUGGAUGCGUUCUUCGCCAGCAAAAGUUUGUCGAUAAAAUGAAUAAAAUUGGAUGGUUAUUUUCACCUAUAUUAGGCGAAACAUUAUCAGAAACCAGUAUAAGAUACACUAGAUUUAUAACCAUGCUCAAUACAACAGAUGGGAUAUUGGUUCCCACAUUGGAUAUUGAUUUGAUGUGGCAUACUCACUUAUUGUCUCCCUUCGAAUACAUAGAUUAUUGCAGAAAAAAUGGAAAGAAUGUCGUUGAUCAUGAUGAUAAGAUAGAAGAAGGAAAAUUGACCACCAGGUUUGAAGAGACCAGUAAAAUUUAUAAGACAAGAUAUGGUAAAGAGUACAGUUUAUGCUUCUGUUGGUUUUGCGUAAGUGCCAGAAACCAUUGUAGAAGCAAAAUUAAACGUCUUUUUAGACUGAAAGUUGACCCAGAAGAUAAUCUCGAGAAGAACAUUCUUACAGAGAAGAACGCAGUGACUGAACACAGGGGAACUGGACUAACUCACAUAUCUUCUCACAAUGCAGUAACAAUUCCUCGAAUGAAUAAUUUGGCUACCAUGAGGAUGAAGAAGAGAUAUGGACAAAACACUAAUGUUAGAACUUAUCCCUGGAGAGAUGAUUCAUUUUAUUUCUAUGGUAUGGCAGGUAUGUAUGUUUUGCCGUACUAUGCUCCAAUUACAGCAGGCGAAAGUAAUUAUUGGGGCUCCCAGGGUGGUUGCUGUGCUGUGAGUGAUAAUGGAGGAGCAAGUUGCUCAGGAGGGGCUAAUUGUGGAUCAAGUACGGCAGCCUGUGGUAGCUCAGGGGGGAGUGCAUGUGGUGGAGGAGGUGGUGGAUGCGGUGGAGGGGGCGGUGGAUGUGGUGGAGGCGGAUGUGGAGGAGGAGGUGGCUGCGGUGGAGGUGGUAAUUAG